AUGGAUAAUUAUACAUCAUCAGCAUCAUCAUCAUCUACUUUUCUUCUUGAGAAUACAGAUGGUUCAAUUUAUCCGAGUGAUUUGGUUUUAAAUCUAAUGGAAGAUUCAUCAUCUUCAUUGACAAAUACAAAUGAUAAUUUAUCUCCAUCAUCAUCAUUAUCAUCAUCAUCAUCAUUGAAUCAAUCAUUUGAUAUAUCAAAAAAUCAAAUAUCAUAUCCAUGUUGUGUAUUUCAUUGUAAACCAAAUUCACAUCCGUUCCAAGAACGUUGCAUUCCACUUAAUGAACAAAUUAAAGUUGGACGUGCUGUUGCUCGACUUAAAGCUCUUCCGAAUAAUGCCAUAUUUGAUUGUAAAGUUCUUUCACGUCAACAUGCUAAAAUUUGGUAUGAAAAUGGAAAAUUUUUAUUACAAGAUACAAAAAGUUCAAAUGGUACAUUUGUUAAUAGUCAACGAUUAGGUAAAUGUAAUGAAGAAAGUCCACCGUUUGAAAUUUUUUCGGGUGAUAUUAUUCAAUUCGGUGUUGAUGUUACUGAAAAUAAUCGAAAAACUACUCAUAGUUGUAUUAUUUUGGAAGUUAAACUCUUUCAUGCAGAUGGUAACGAAGGCUUCACUCGAAAUAUUAAUGGUCAAUCUUUAUUACAAAUGAAAGAACUGGAUAUAAAUACUCAAACUUUAUAUCAAUUAUCACAAUAUAUUCAAGAAGCUAUGUAUCGUGAACAAACACUUGAACAAAAACUUGAAUCUCUUCAAGGUGUUUUACGUGAUCUACAACAAGUAUCAAAUGAUAGUUGGCAAGCAAUUAUUCGUGAAGAUCGUCUUCUAGCACGUAUUAAUGCACUUGAAGAUCAAAUUCGUAUUUAUCGUACUAAACAUUCAAAUGAAGAUACUAUAAAACAAGAGUUAAUUCAAUUAACUGAAUCAAAUAUAAAAUUUGAAGAAGCAUCAAAAAUAAAAUUAGAAAAAGCUUUACUUGAACGUACUGAUGCAAUAAAUUGUAGUAAAGCUACGAAAUGUUCAUUACAAUCAAUACAAGAUGAAUUAAAAUAUAAUGAAGAUCUCAACGAACAACAUAAACAGGAGACUCAACAACUUGUACAAUCAAUUGAUGAGCAACGUUCUUUAAUUUCUGAAUUCGAAAUAAAAUUACGAGAUUCAGAAAAACGACAUACAGAACUAGAAAAUGAAAAACAACGAAUACAAACUAAUUUUGAUGAAUAUUAUCAACGAACACAUCAUUUAGAAGAAUUACAAAAGAAACCUAUUCAGAAUGGACCAAUUCACGAUCAAUGUCAAGAAGAGUCUUUUUCAAAAGAUGUAGUUAUUGACAAGACAAAUUCUGUUGAGAUUCCAAUAAUAAUUGAAAAUGGAGAAAUUGAAAAACCUUAUCCAAUUAUGAAUCAAAAUGAUGCAAUGAUAAAUUAUAAUCAUAUAGAAGAAUAUGAUAACAAUAUCAAUGGACUUGAUUCAACUAAUGAAUUAAUAGUAGCAGAAAAACAAAUUGUUUUACUACGUGAAAAUUUAAAUGAAGCCAUGGAACGACUUGUUUCAACUGAAGAUUCUUAUCGAAGUGAACAAGAACGUUAUCGUUCAUUGACAACAGAAUAUGAAUCAAAGCAUGAUGAAUUAACUCAAUUAAAAACUCGUUUUAAUAGAGAAAUGAAUGAUAAUAAUGAAUUAGUUCGACAACAAAAAUAUGAACUUGAUUAUUUAUCAAAAUCAAUUUUAUCAAAACAGAAUAAACAUAAUCGAUUGCUCAGUGUUUAUAUAUGUUUUUUUCUUUGUUGUUAUUUGCUAAUUUUUUUUCUUUUCUUUUUUCUUCUAUCAUGGUGA